AUGUUUCAGCAGGACUACCCCCGACGACAUAGCUUUGGCUCCUCUCUCCCAUCAAGCAACUAUACCGAAUACGAUUAUAUAUGCCGCCGUCAAACCUGCCACUGCGAAGCCGCGAAUCUCGAGGAAAUCGGCCCGGACGACUCCAUCUCUUCCAGGAGCUUGUCCUCUUCCCAGCGCAGACAUGCCGAAUACUUCCACCGUCCUCCCAUCCUGAGUAUACAUCGUGAGCAGCUUAUAUUGAAUGGAUCGCCGUACUCCUUCUUUGCAUAUAACCAUGAUCCGAAUGCGGAAGCCGAGUAUUGCGAGCAAUGUCAAUUCUGUUCUGCGUCGUCUAAAUGGUGUGGAAGGGUAUCUAGUAACCAGGUAGUCAAGCUGCCUAGGUCAUUUCUUGAUGAUAGCCCCUCAGAUAUGGGCCUCUAUGGCUCUCAAUAUCUGAACAAUCCGAACAAUUUAAACAAUUUGAAAGUGCAGUUGCCCAACGCUACCUGGGUGCAAGACCCUUUGAUCGUUAAUGCAGCUCACAUCAGUUUUGCGAAUGAGCAUGCAACGCCGAGAGACCAACAGUUCCAGCCUGCUGUUUUUUCACACACCCUCACAGGAGGGCCUUCAACAACCAACAUGGACUGUAAUCCAUCCAUCGAUGCGGUUCUUUUCGCCAGUCAACGGAACCUUUCGAUGUCCAGUCUCCAGCAGAUCAGAACAAUCGACCAAUUACCCGCCGAUGGAACUGAAUGCAUCAAGUCCUACCGAGACAUAAGGUCAACCAAAGAAGAACGAUUGGCUAUCGAGGAAGGAUCACUUGUCAUCUCUAUUUCGCCAAAUUUCACGGACUUGUCGCAGCAGCUGAUUGCCCCAGAUGAGUUUGAGCUACGUGUCGGAGAGCUUUUCGUCGUCUCUCGUAUGUACGCGGAUAUGUGGGCUCUGUGUGUACGCAUCAGGAACUCAGAGUGCGUUGCCGAAGCCGAAGUUGAAGAUCUAAAGGACUCGCCCAAUAUCAAGUUCAUACCUCUUUGCGCCGUGACAUUGGCUUCAAACUUUGCUGCUUUCACUAGACGUUGCGCGGUCUACCGCGAUCAUCACCCCUAUGCAAGGUUUUUUCCUACUGGAGGUCAUCUCAUUACUCCUCCUGACCGUCACGAAUCGUUGGAAGCGAGUCGCAAGUACUUUUCCAGAUAUAAUCGUAGCCAUGUUCCUUUGCCACCGAUUGUGUUCACUCUCUGCAAGGCACCGAACAGAAUGCCAGCUGGUCUUGACUUCGAGCCCCGCGAGGAGGACGGCAUGCAGGAGGACAACGAAGCUGAGGCCGUCAUCGACAACCACACCAAAAACCAGCACGGCACCCUCAAGCGCUUCUGGAUGAAGUUUGCACCUAAAGAGUCAGACUCAUCCGCAGGACAGCAGUCAGCCGAAAUGCAGCAGAACAACACCGGUCUCGCUUCAGAUGGGAAAUCAAUUUACCCAACCCAGUCAAGACAAGAAGUUCCUGACCACCAAGACGCUGCAGAAGAGGGAAACGGGAAUGGAAACAGAAUCAGCAAGCGCAAGAGUGUCCGCAAUUUUUUCUCUCGAUCCGGGCGCGUGAAGAAUGGGGAUACCUGUGUCCAGGUCUGA